AAAAAUAAAAAAAAUCCACACCUCCAUCACUGUUUCAAAGUUCUGUCGUUCAUACUAUCUCCAGGCCCUAUUCUUCCCAGGUCUACAUGGGGCCUCUUUGCUUCUUCAUACAGGGUUCUACUUGCUCUCCUUGAAAUAGAGAUUAACCCAUGACAAUCUGUCUAUCUCAAUACUUCUAUGAAUUUUCAUUCAUUUAAUCCAAUGUUUCAUUUCAUCAGCAUUAGAAGAAAACGCCAUAUCCCCAUCACCACCAAAUACUCAACACCUCGUUCUCUCUUUCUUCUUUUCCUCUUCCAACAAAACCCAUCUUCUCUAAGAUCCUUCUCUAACAUCUCAACCAACAAUCCCACCAAAACCCAAGCAACACCCUCCUCUUUUACACUCUCAUACCUCAUCAACUCAUGUGGACUCUCUCCCCACUCAGCCCUCUCUGCUUCCCAAAAAAUGGAACUCAAAUCAGCUCAAAAUCCAGAUUCUGUCCUCAAAUUCUUCAGGAAUCAUGGAUUCACCAAAACCCAAGUCACAAAUCUCAUUGCCAAGUGCCCACGACUCCUCUUAGCCGAUCCCAACAAAACCCUCAUGCCCAAGUUCCAAUAUUUCCAUGGUUUGGGCAUUCCAAGCGCAACCCUUGCUAAGAUCCUCUCUUGGGACUACAGCCUCUGGCAUCGCAGCCUACAAAACCAAAUCAUUCCAUCCAUUAAUUUCAUUAAAGCUUGCGUCCGCACCAACGAACGCGUCAUCUGUUGCAUCCAGCAUUCAACCCACAUUCUCCGAUAUGAUCUCCAAAAAGUAAUGGAACCCAACAUCACGAUGCUGCGUGACCAAGGCGUGCCCGAAUCCAGGAUUGUGAGAUUGAUCACAAUUCAGCCCAGAGUGCUGACGCAAACUGCUGAACGGUUGAAUGAGAUCGUCGCUAUGGUUAAGGAAAUGGGUUUCAAUCCGUCGACCGGGAAUUUCAUCCUAGCCAUUCAGGUGGUGUCAAUAAUGAGCAGAUUGAAGUGGGAACAGAAGGUGGCUGUUUAUCGGAGCUUGGGGUGGUCCGAGGAUGAGUUCCUCUCGGCAUUCAAAGUGCAACCUAUUUGCAUGGCAACGUCGGAGAAGAAGAUCAAGAGAGUAAUGAAUUUCUUCGUGAAAGAGAUGGAUUGGAAGCCAUCAGAUCUUUCUAGACACCCGGGUAUACUUAUGUCUAGUUUGGAGAAGAGGAUCAUACCGAGAUGUUCAGUCCUUCAGAUUCUAAUGUCAAAAGGUCUUAUUAAGAAGGAUUCCAUUAUAAGAACUGCAUUGGUUCUUAGCGACAAGGCCUUCUUGGAAAGAUUUAUUAUAAAGUAUCAGGAGAUUAUUCCCAAAAUAAUAACAGUGUAUCGAGGCAAAAUGGGAUUUGAAGGAUUAGAUGCCAUGUCUGAAGAUGCUGGACCUGCACUAAAAUUGUAGACUUUCAUCUAAUUAUAUUGGGAAAGAAUGCAUUGGUGAGGACUGUUUAAGAGGUGCUAUUUGUUGUUAAAGAUUCCAAUGUGAAAGGCUGCGAUUAGGAGUGAUUUGAGUUCUUUGGAUACUGGAAUUGACAACAAAAGGGGAAUUCCUGAAGUUAUUGAAGACUUUAAGAAAGGCAUUGGGAGUUCUGUCCAACUGCAUGUAGGUACGCGUACCAAUAUAGCAGAGAAGUAGUUGAUCUGAGCUUUCCAUCAAGUGGGCUACACCAUUUCGAUCUUGCAAGGUACUCUCCCAACUGCAGAUCAGGCCUUAACGGAUUGUUCCAAUUGGUUUGUGUGAGAAUUUCUAACAAUUGCAAUCAACAGUCCAAGGCUCUACGCUGCUCCAAUGCCCAAUUUGAUGGUUCAAUAUCACUCCAAAGGUCAACACCACUCCAGGACGAGCAGGAUCAAGUGUCCCAUCAGCUAGAUGAGGAGAAAUCUACCACAAUAGCCAGAAGUCGAUAUGAAACCUUUCUUCUGCAGCAUCCUAUGUGAUUCAACAGUUCAGAAGUGCACAAAAGAUGGCCCCACAUAGUCCAAUCAAGGUUGGUUUUUAUUUUAUUUAUUUAUUUUUAAUGAUUUGGAUUGUUAAAACAUCACCCAGAUCCAACCAGUGUCACAUAUGGUAAUUGUGAAUCACAAGUUUCUCUAAAUUGUUUGUUCUUAUUGUAUAA